ACGGCGGUGGAGCCUGGCAGACGGACUGCGGAGGUGAGCGGGCCUUCAAAGAAGGGCGGCUGGUGGAUGGCGGGGCUGUCAGGAGUGCCUUUAAUGGACAGAACAACUAAAGAAAACCAGAAUGGACACCCACAUAGCAGCAAGGUAGAUGGUCCAAAGCGGAUUCCUAUGACUCAGAAUCGUGCACUGAGGACUGGAAUUCAACCACAGCGUGUUCUUUCUGCUUCAAAUAUACCCCAGAGAGUGCCUAUUCAGUCUCAGGCACAGAAACCUGCUGUUACCCAUCCAAAAUGUUCCAACUACACAAGUCAGCAGCGACCAACAUCUGCAGUUCAACCAACAUCUAGGAACUCAGGUCCAAAUAAACCUGGUAUAAUCUCUCAGCAACCUUCUGCAUCCGGAAAAAAGCCUGAAACUGAAGAUGUAUCAGCUGUAACAACGGAGGCAAAAGGAGCUUCCGAUUCAAAAAGUGAGAGCAAAGGGGCAUCAAAAAAUGAAACUAAAAGAAAACAAUGGUUCCUUGAAGACUUUGAAAUUGGCCGUCCUUUGGGAAAAGGAAAAUUUGGAAAUGUGUACCUGGCUCGAGAGAAACGGAGCAAAUUCAUUUUGGCGCUGAAGGUCUUGUUUAAAGCACAGUUGGAAAAAGCAGGUGUAGAACAUCAGCUGCGGCGAGAAGUAGAAAUACAGUCUCAUCUUCGGCAUCCCAAUAUUCUCCGCCUGUAUGGUUACUUCCAUGAUGCAACAAGAGUGUACUUAAUUUUGGAACACGCACCUCGUGGAGAAGUGUACAAAGAACUUCAGAAGCUUACAAAGUUUGAUGAGCACCGAACAGCUACUUAUGUGACUGAACUCGCAGAUGCAUUGUUAUAUUGUCAUUCAAAAAGAGUAAUUCAUAGGGACAUCAAACCUGAAAACUUGUUGCUGGGAUCAAAUGGAGAGCUCAAGAUUGCUGACUUUGGAUGGUCUGUGCAUGCCCCAUCUUCUAGGAGGUCAACAAUAUGUGGCACCCUUGAUUACCUACCACCUGAAAUGAUUGAAGGAAGGACACAUGAUGAAACAGUGGACCUGUGGAGUCUUGGUGUCUUAUGUUAUGAAUUUUUAGUAGGAAAGCCUCCUUUUGAAGCAGAAACGUAUCAGGAUACAUAUAGAGCCAUUUCAAGGGUGGAGUACAGGUUUCCUCCUUUUGUAACAGAGGGAGCUCGGGAUCUGAUUUCAAAGCUGUUGAAGCAUGACCCAAAGCAGAGAUUACCACUGGAAGGUGUGCUUAAACAUCCAUGGGUUACAUCAAACUCUACUAAAUCUCCCAAGCAUAACGUGGUGGAGACCACUGUUGCUAAUAAAACUCAGUCAUAGCAUAAUGAGCAUGGCUGAGUGCAUUUCCCAAGUAGCAGGGAUGGCAACACAUUGUAAAACUGCUGAUACAGGAAGCAUAAAAUUGGUCUCAAAAAGAAGUCAACGUUUCCUGCACAACGAACCUCUAUGAACAUGAUGAAGUCUGAGCUGCGGUUUUCACAGGCAUGCUGCAAUGCUUAUAGUUCCAUUCAAAGCAGUUUGUGGAUAUCUGGAACACAUACUUGAAAUCUUUGUGCAUGUGAUUCAAAGCUGCUGGGGCACAUCUUGUUCAGGACUUUCUCAGAUAUAUAGCUCCUAUUCGGUUGAUCCUCCUUGCUGCUUGAUAUCCACAUGAAGUUAUUGGAACAGUGCAAUAACACCCUAAGGUUAAUCUGUGCAGUGAUGUGACAUGGUGUCUGCAUCUGUAAAUAUGAGCUACUUGUGCAGUCGUUCGCCUGUCUUCAGACAGGAAAUUCUUUGAAGUCUAAAGAAUAUAAACAAUAACCCAAUGAUUUCAGACAUCUUGUUUUUGGAUACCUAACUGCUUUAUUCAGUGGUCAAAGAUAUCCUUCUUCCUGGGAUAUCCUUGAUAGUGAGCAGUUGUUCAGUAUAAAUUCUUAUCAGAAAAAUUGUAUAAACUACUUUUGAUCAUCAAUUUUUAAAUAAUGUAUUCGUUUAAGCACUAGUAAAACUUUAUUGCAAAAU